AUGGUGAACGUAGAAUCGAUUCGGACUGUCGUCGGCGUCAUCGGGAAUGUCAUCUCUUUCGGUCUGUUUGCGUCACCAAUGCCAACAUUUUGGAGAAUCAUCCAAAACAAAGCAGUGGAGGAGUUCAGUUUCCUUCCUUAUGUUGCAACUGUGAUGAAUUGCCUUUUUUGGAUCUUUUAUGGAUUACCAGUUGUUCAUCCAGACAGCACUCUUGUGGUCACUAUCAACAGCAUUGGCCUUGCAUUGGAGCUCUGCUAUCUCGGCAUAUUCAUAUAUUUCAGCGAAGCCAAAAGGUGGAAGGUAGUUGGGUUUGUGUGUUUUGAGUUGGUGUUCAUAGGAGCUAUUGCCGCUGUUACGCUUACGCAAUUUCACACCUAUACUAAGAGAUCCAUGUUUGUGGGAAUCUUCUGUGUUGUCUUUGGAGUGAUGAUGUACGCUUCCCCUCUUGGCAUCAUGAAAAGAGUUAUCCAGACUAAGAGUGUGGAAUAUAUGCCAUUCUGGAUCUCCGUUGCCGGCUUCCUGAACGGACUUUGCUGGCUGUGCUAUGCCCUCCUCAAAUUCGACCUUUACAUCACGAUUGGAAAUGGGUCGGGAGCAGCACUGGGUGCUAUUCAGCUCGCACUAUAUGCAUUUUACUACAAGUCAACUCCAAAGAAGGGCCGUAAGAAGAAGACGUCCGAAGUGCAGCUCCCAAAUGCAUCACCUGUUUAGACUUCAAUUUCAAUUUUUUUUC